UUUAAUGCUCCACCUUCCAAUUCCAGAGUUAGUUUGUGUGCAUAGUCAUCAGCAUCACCACCUCUUCUAUCAAUGGCGGCCGCGUCUUCACUCUAUGUACUCCACAGCCUCCUCACGCGCCGCCGCGACUCAGCCCAUCUUCCCCUUCCCAUCAAAUCCUUCUUCUUUUACAUGCCCACAACCUUGGCUCUCGCCACCUCUCUUCUUAUUCUGCUCUAUAUCUCCUCCACUUCUAAUCUCUUCUUCAUUCACCCCCACCCUCAAAUUAGGGCUUCUCUUAAUUUUUCCCAAUUCCCUCCUCUUAAAUUUCCCGAUUUUACUAUUCCACAAGCUGAGGAUCGGAGUAAUUUCAGACUCCAAUUGCGGCUUCAGGGUAAUGACAAAGAGCUAUUCCAUGACAGAGAUGUCUUCCUUGCAAACUACAAGGAGAUGAACUCAAGCUUAAGGAUUUAUAUCUAUCCACACAGACAAGAUGAUCAGUUCGCUAACGUGCUCUUGCCCGUGGAUUCUGAGCCUGGCGGUAACUACGCCAGUGAAAGCUACUUCAAGAAGGUUCUCAUGAGUAGUCAUUUUAUUACAGAGGAUCCCUCUGAAGCAGAUUUGUUCUUUUUACCCUUUUCCAUUGCAAGGUUGAGGCACGACCCGCGUGUGGGAAUUAAUGGGAUUCAAGAUUUUAUCAGAGAUUACGUUUUCAACAUUAGUCAUGAGUAUUCUUAUUGGAACCGUAGUGGGGGUGCCGAUCAUUUCUAUGUUGCUUGCCACUCGAUUGGCCGUGCUGCCAUGGAGAAAGCCGAAGCAGUGAAGUUUAAUGCUAUCCAGAUUGUGUGCUCGUCGAGCUACUAUGUAUUUUCCUAUGUCGCUCACAAAGAUGCGUCUCUGCCUCAGAUUUGGCCUAGGCAAGGCGAUCCCCCAAAUCUUGCACGUGAAAGGUCAAAACUGGCCUUUUUCGCUGGAGCGAUAAAUUCACCAGUGCGUGAAAGGCUGCUUCAAGUGUGGCAAAAUGAUUCGGAAAUAUCAGUCCACUUUGGGCGCCUCAACACGUCCUACUCUGAAGAGCUUCUACGAAGCAAAUUUUGCCUUCACGUAAAAGGAUUUGAGGUCAACACAGCGCGUAUCGGUGAUGCACUAUACUAUGGUUGCGUCCCUGUAAUAAUUGCGAAUCACUAUGAUCUGCCAUUUCAGGAUAUACUCAACUGGAGAAGCUUCUCAGUGAUUGUUGCAACUCUAGACAUCCCUCUUCUGAAGAAAAUCCUGAAUGCAAUAAGUGUGGAGGAGUAUUUGAUUUUAAGAAACAAUGUAUUAAAGGUAAGGAAACAGUUUCAGUGGAACCAUUCUCCCGUAGAUUAUGAUGCUUUUUACUUGGUUAUGUAUGAAUUAUGGCUUCGGCGAAGUUCUUUAAGAGUUAUACCUUAGUUUAUUUAUUUUA